AUGGAAGAGCCUUCCAAGGGAAAGGAAAAACAAGAGAAGGAAAGAGAAGAAGUUCGAUACCGGGGAGUUCGAAGGCGGCCGUGGGGGAAGUUCGCGGCUGAGAUCCGGGACCGAAGUACCCAAAGCGGACGUGUGUGGCUUGGUACAUUUGAUACGGCGGAGGAGGCUGCUCGGGCUUACGACCGAGCUGCAUUUAGGCUGAGGGGUCCUCUUGCAGUCUUAAAUUUCCCUAGUGAAUAUCCUCAUGCAUCAAUAAUGUCAUCUUCAUCAGCAUCAUCUUCUUCUAGUGUUGGUGGUUCAUCGACUGGUCAAGAAAAACAAGUCCUCGAGCUCGAAUAUUUGGAUGACAGUGUGUUGGAGGAGCUUCUUGAGUCGGAAGAAGAGAAGAAGAAACGAAUGGAAGAUUGAAUUUCAACAUGCAUUUUCCCUAUCUCUCUCUCUUUAAUUUCAACAUGCAUUUUCCCUAUCUCACUCUCUCUCUCUUGAAUUUCAACACGCAUUUUCCCUACCGUUCAAAAAAAAAUAAAAAUAAAAUCAUUCAUUUUUUUUUUUUUUGGUAAGUAAAAAUAAAUAAAUAAUACAUUUUCCAUAUCUCUUGAAUUUCAACAUUCAUUUUCCCGCUCUCCCUCUCUCUCUUGAAUUUCAGCAUGCACUUUCCCCCCCUCUCUCUCUCUCUCUCUCUUGAA